CCAGAUUGAAAUAACUUGUGAAAUGAUGUUUUAAUACAAGUAUGAACGUUAUCCUUUCAAAUACUUUGAUCCAGUGCUUAAUUUAAAAGUGAAUUUUACGUGGGUUAAUUCAACGAAUAAUUUAUAAUUUAGCAGAAACGUUAAGUCUGCCACCAGUUGGGCGAGUAAUGAGGAUACGUCUUCACAUAGGAUACCAAUAUGCCGACGAAUAUGAGCAGCGGCUGCAGCCUGGAGAAGACGUAUGUGUCCACUUUCAAGAUUGAGCUGAAGUGUUCGGGCAGGAAUAAAGAUGACAGCCCUGGGGAGGUGUUGAGGAACGGGUCGCUUUCCAGGACGUCUGUACCUGAAGGCAGGAUGGAAAAGAUGCAUGAAGCAGUACCUCUGCUGAGCUUUGAGAAAACCCCGCAGUCCGUGGAGGUCAGGAUCGGAGAAGCGGUACGGCUGCAGUGUACCUUCAAAAGCAGCUUCCCCGUGGCCUGCUGCUGGAUGCACAACAAACAUCAGGUUGUAAGCGGACCUCGAAUCAAGAUGGAGAGCAGUAAUCAAGGAAGUGAACUAGUGAUUUCUGAGGCCGACCUAGUCGAUGCCGGAAGCUAUACAAUUGUGGUGCGUAACCAGAGAAACUCCAUCCAACACAGAGUCUCCCUCAGCGUUGUAGACCACCCCCAGCCCCCUGCAUCUUCUCCACUUGUGUCCCAGCUCUCUUCCAGCUCUCUAGUCUUGUCCUGGUCAGGCCCUAGUUAUGAUGGGGGUGCUGCAGUCACUGGUUAUGUGGUGGAAGUAAGGACGGAAAGCUCAGAGCAUCCUGGAGACUGGACCGAGCUGACUGGCUGCUGUACAAGUACUUCAUACCGGGUGCAGACAGGAUUGGAGCCCAACAGGAAAUACCGCUUCCGUGUGAGGGCCUACAACAGAGCAGGGGUCAGUGAACCUAGCCAAGAGUCUGACACUAUCAAGAUGGACACCACAGGGGAGCCACAGGAGAAGGUUCAGUCACACGUGGAUGUCGCCAUCGACGAGAAGCACAAAGUGUCCGACCACUACACUGUGAUGGAGAGGCUGGGAGUCGGGAAGUUUGGCCAAGUUUUCCGGCUGAUCCAGAAGGAGACGGCCCAGGUGUGUGCUGGGAAGUUCUACAAGGCCCGCUUGAAAAAGGACAGGGAGGCCGCACGCAAGGAGAUUGAGCUCAUGAACUACCUGCAUCACCCCAAGCUGGUGCAGUGCCUGGGUGCCUAUGAGAGCCGCUCCGAGAUGGUCAUGGUGAUGGAGUUCAUUGCUGGUGGCGAGCUGUUCCAGCGAAUUGUGGAUGACAGCUUUGAGCACACGGAGUCCACCUGCAUGCAGUACAUGCAGCAGAUCCUGGAGGGCGUCCAGCACAUGCACCAGCAGAACAUUGUGCACCUGGACCUCAAGCCUGAGAACAUUGUGUGCGUCGACAGCACCGGCACCAGCAUUAAGAUCAUUGACUUUGGACUGGCCAGCAAGCUGGACCCCAAAACUCCCCUGAAGGUGAUGCAUGGAACACCUGAGUUUGUGGCCCCAGAGGUGAUCAGUUUUGACCCAGUAGGCCUGGCCUCUGAUAUGUGGAGCAUCGGGGUCAUCUGCUACAUUCUUCUGAGUGGCGAGUCGCCCUUUCAGGGCGAAAAUGACGCCGAAACACUGGCACUGGUCACUGGGGCGAAGUGGGAGUUUGAUGAAGAGAGCUUUGAGGAGAUUACCGAUCAGGCUAAGGACUUCAUCAGCAAACUGCUCAAGAAAAACAAAAGGCAGCGGAUGUCAUGUGAGCAGGCGCUGGACCACCCAUGGAUGAAAGACUUCAGCUCCGCAGUGCCCAGUACUGUGAAAUCUCUCUCCAAAGAGAAAAUGAAGAGAUUCUUGGCCAAGCAGAAGUGGAAGAAAACAGGGAAAGCCCUACUGGCUCUGAAGAGAAUGGCCUUGCUGUCCAAGUCGGAUGGGUCUGACUCCCCCACCAGCCCUGAGAGAGAUUUAACCCGAAAGCAGGAAACGCAUCUGGCUCUGCAGGCGCUGGAGGAGCAGCUGCAGCAGAUGCCGCAGUUCUCCCAGAUGCUGGUAGACCUGACCUCUGCACCCUGCACCGAUGUCUGCCUUUCAUGCCACAUUAAUGGGUACCCUGAACCUGAGGUGCAGUGGCUGCUGGAGGGGACUCCAUUAACGGAAUCUCCCAGGGUGCACAUGGAGUCGAGGGACGAUGGCAGCUGCACCCUGGUCCUUUGCAGUCUGACCCUGGAGGAUUCUGGGACGUAUACCUGUAGAGCCACUAACAGCCUGGGGGUAGCCACAAGCUCAGCCAGGCUCACAGUAGAGAAAUAGGCAAGGUAUGGAAAUACCCGAAUAUCAUAACAUUAAGUAUUACGGGGUUCCCUACAUCCCUUUGUACCGAAUGCCAACAGAUAUGGGUGUUCAGUAGCCUUUUUACAUUUAAAAAUCUUCCCUCAGCUAGAAGCUGAUUUAUAUUAUGAGUCACGUCAGUCACCUAGGCUGCGAAUUGUAUUGUUUUGAUUGACCAUGCACUGUGACACACCAAUGUGGAGCUCAGAUAGGGGUCUCGCUCACCAGACUUGCAUGGAGUACUUGGUUCUUUGAUUGGCUUAACCAAUGACACAACAUUGUUUAAGGGUGACUUUAGUAUUUUGAAUUUGUAUAACUUUUAUUUGUAUUAAUUUUAUGUGUGUUUUAGAACAGUGAUAUUCUGGUAAUUUAGUAACUAGUAAUACAUUUUAUUCUAAAUAUAAUUGUGCACAUAAUAAAAAUACUAUAUAAAAAGCGA